AUGGCGGUACACGAGUUUUUCCGAGGUAUUAGUAUUCUGCAGGAGUUUACUUCUUCACUACUCGUUCUUAUCCCUAAGGUGGACAAUCAAAAGAGUUCUGAUAAAUUCCGACCCAUCAGCAUGUGUUCUGUUUUCUACAAGAUUUGCCGGAGCAUUUUUGAGAAUGUGAGCCUAGCACAGGAAAUGAUUCAGUACCUAAACAAGCCGGCUCGAGGAGGUAAUGUGGUGAUGAAAGUUGAUACGGUAAAAGCAUACAAUAACAUUGAGUGGAAUUUCAUGAUUCAUGUCUUGGAGCCCGUGGCUUGUGACAGAGAUCCCAUCUCCCCAUACUUGUUCAUUAUUGUGGAGGAAAUUUUGUCAAGACCUCUGAAAAAAGGAUUUCAGGAAGGGCGGAUUGUUACCUUUUCUCUCCCAAAGGGUGCUCCAACCAUAUCACACCUCCUCUAUGCCGACGAUAUAGUCAUUUUUGCUAAUGGCAGUAAAACAUCUCUUAAGGCUAUCUCGGAGUCCCUCGCACUCUAUGAAACAUGGUCUGGGCAAAAAGCAAGAAAGGAGAAGUCUGCUAUUAUUUUUUCGAAUCUCAUAUCUCCAAUCAGAAGAAGACAACUACUGCAGAUCACCAGGUUCUCAGAAGGAUCAUUUCCUUUCAAAUACUUGCGUGUUCCUAUGGUUUCUGGUAGAUUAAAUUCUAAUCAUUUUGAUGAACUUGUUGGGAAAAUUGGUGCUAGGAUUGGAGGCUGGAAAUCCCAGCUUUUAUCUAGUGGGGCCAAACUGAUUUUGGUAAAACAUGUACUCAGUAGCAUUCCCAUCCACUUACUCACAUCCAUCAAUGAGCAACUUCUUCUGGGGAUACAAGGAUGA